CGUUUACAUGACUAUCAUCUCAAUCAAUAGAAUGUCUGCUGUAAACUCGGCGAUAAGCCAUCAAGCAAGCAUGGAUUCGAAAAAUACCUCCCAUGAGAUCUCACCCGAGACCUCACCCGAGACCUCAGAUAAAAAGCAUGACGAUGAAAAAAUAACAUUCGAGUUUGGCGGUGCCCCCGGGGUUACCCUCGCGAUCAUCGGAUUCCCCCUCCUAAUGUACUACAUGUACAUAGGAGCGACUCUGUAUGACGGCCACCUCCCCCUACCUGAAGAUAAUCAGUCCAUCUCAGAGUUCCUCUCCCAUCUCGUCAACCUCGCCUAUACCCACGCCUACCCCUACCGCGAAGCCUGGAUCAUAUACUGGACCUUUUUGGUUCUCGAAGGAAUUGGGUACCUCUACCUCCCCGGUGUAUACGGAAAGGGAAAAUGUCUCCCUCACUUGAACGGAAAGCAACUGGAUUAUUACUGCUCUGCUGCAGCAUCGUGGUAUGUCACCAUAGUUGCUGCCUUGGUUCUUCACUUCUCCGGGCUCUUCCGCUUGAGCACACUUGUCGAUGAGUUCGGCCCGUUGAUGUCCGUGGCUAUCUGCUCGGGUUUCUUGGUAUCGAUCAUUGCAUACGUGUCUGCAUUUGCAAGAGGUGUACAACACCGAAUGACAGGAUCCCAUGUCUAUGACUUCUUCAUGGGCGCGGAGCUGAACCCCCGGUUGUUCGGGUGGCUCGAUAUGAAGAUGUUCUUCGAAGUUCGCAUCCCCUGGUACAUCCUCUUUCUGUUGACACUCGGAACUGCACUGAAGCAGUGGGAGGACUAUGGGUAUGUGUCUGGACCGGUGUCGUUCAUGCUUAUGGCGCACUUUCUAUACGCCAAUGCAUGUGCCAAGGGCGAAGAGCUGAUUAUCACUAGCUGGGAUAUGUAUUAUGAGAAAUGGGGCUUUAUGCUCAUCUUCUGGAACUUGGCUGGUGUUCCCAUGAGCUAUUGUCAUUGUACCCUGUACUUGGCGAAUCAUGACCCGUCGACCUAUAAGUGGAACCCACUAGCGCUGGGACUGUUGUUCGUCAUGUAUCUCUUCGCGUACUGGGUGUGGGAUACCUGCAACAGUCAGAAGAACCUAUUUCGAGCCCAAGAGAGAGGAAAGCCCGUGAAUCGAAAGACGUUUCCUCAGCUCCCCUGGAAGGCGGUUAAGAACCCUGUCUGCAUCAAGACAAAAACGGGAGAUUCGAUUUUGUGUGAUGGAUGGUAUGGUAUGGCGCGAAAGGUCCAUUAUAGCUGCGAUUGGUUCUUUGCCUUUUCUUGGGGCCUUAUAACUGGCUUCAACUCGCCGUUCCCGUGGUUCUACUCGGCCUUCUUCACGGUGAUGAUUAUUCAUCGUGCUCACCGGGAUAUCGAACGCUGUCGCGAGAGAUAUGGAGAAGCUUGGCGCGAGUAUGAGCGAAGAGUUCCGUAUUUGUUUAUCCCAUAUGUCUUUUAAUGUACUAUGAUCACUUCGGGUGUUGACUGAUGCUUUUCGACGCGGACCACCUCAAGUGCCUUCUUAAAGAAUUUUCCCCGUGAAUAGUGAGAGAGCUAUCAAUUCCUCUACCGGAAAGGAAUGAAGUCCUGAGUCGCUAGGCUCAGAAGGCAAAUCACUCAGGUUGUGGAUGGAUGUGGUGGUUGCAUGAUAAUGUCGUCAACCCAAAACUUAUUGAAUCACUGCUCAUCAUACUUACAUGUACAUUAGUGGUUAAUUGAACUAAAGAAUCUAAUCAGAUAUGACAGGAUUUGUCACUGGCCCACGGUUCAUCGACGCG